GACAAGCUGGACGGUAACGAGCUGGACCUGAGCCUCUGCAACCUGAACGAAGUGCCGGUCCGGGAGCUGGUGAGCGUNNNNAAAGCUACGAUAUUGGAUUUGUCCUGCAACAACCUCAUUUCCUUGCCGUCAGACUUCUGCAGUUUGAUGCAUCUGGUGAAACUGGAUCUGAGUAAGAAUCGCCUUCAACAGCUGCCCUUGGACUUUGGCUGCCUGGUCAAUCUGCAGCACCUGGACCUUCUGAACAACCGUUUAGUCACCCUGCCAGUCAGCUUUGCACAGCUCAAGAACCUGAAGUGGCUGGAUCUGAAGGACAAUCCCCUGGACCCUGUCCUGGCCAAAGUAGCGGGAGACUGUCUGGAUGAGAAGCAGUGUAAACAGGCUGCUGUCAAGGUGCUGCAGCACAUGAAGGCGAUCCAGUCUGAGCAGGAUCGACAACGGCAACGGAAGCUCCAGGCGGAGCGAGAAAUGGAGAAGAAGCGUGAAGCAGAGCAGCGAGCAAAGGAGGCUCAAGAGAGGGAACUGAGGAAGCGAGAGAAGGCAGAAGAAAAGGAGCGCAGAAGACGGGAGUAUGAUGCUCAGAAGGCUGCAAAACAGGAGGUGGAAAAGAAAACUAAAAAAGAAACCAUGCAGACCCGAAAGCCCGCCUCCAGUUCUCGUGCCCCUCAGCCACCGCGCCACAAGCACUCCUGGUCACGCUCAGUGCUGCGGGUCCUUCUUUUCGCACUGUUGUGUGUCCUCUGUGCUUUGGCCGCCUGCAAGCUGACGGAGCUGCAACAUCAACCCCUGUGCGUCAGCGUGAACACUCUCUACGAGGACGUGAUAGCUGCCCUGCAAAACCACAAAACCCUGCAAAAUAUGCUACAACAGAACUCGCAGCAGUGAUCGUCCUGGACGGGCGCUUGCUUCGUCAGCAUCUCCCUCCACCAUCUACGCAGCCAGAAUUCCUAUGGAAUUGUGUUCUGACAAAACUGCUUUUAAUCAGGCAGCAUUGGUUCGCUGGUCCACUCCACACAGAGCAGUUAUUGUUCAGUCAUCUUUGCUGUGCAUGUUUCGCAGUUGGCCUGUAACCCCCAUUCUUUGCCCAUGUUAACCUAA